GGGAAAUAAAAAAUGGAUGUAUUUUCAACGACCGAACAAAUAAUGAUGACGACAACAACAGAAAAAAUAAGUGAUUUCUUUUGGAAUCAUUCAUCAACAGUAGAUUAUAGUCUUAAUCCAAUUGUGACAUUUUGCCCAGAGACUAGCUCAAAUUGUGUUAUAGAUCAUACAAAGCAGUGUGUUGGCGACCCUCUCUAUUGUAAUCUAACCAAAGAAGAAUAUCUCGAGCUUUUAUAUGAUUAUAUUACACCAACGGUACCUGAAUGGAUUUUAAUUUUCUCUCAUCUAGUUGUAUUUUUAAUGGGCUUGAUAGGAAAUGCUCUGGUUUGUUUAGCAGUCUGGUCUAAUCAUUCUAUGAGAACCGUGACGAAUAUAUUUAUAGUAAACCUAGCGGUUGCAGACUUUUUCGUGAUUCUCUUCUGCCUUCCACCGACUGUAAUUUGGGAUGUAACUGAGACAUGGUUUCUUUCGGAAACAAUGUGUAAAGUUGUAAUUUAUUUUCAGACUGUGAGCGUAACUGUUUCAAUUUUAACACUGACAUUCAUUUCAAUUGAUCGAUGGUAUGCCAUUGUAUUUCCACUCCGAUAUAAACCACAACCAGGUCGCGCAAUUAUAUAUAUUGUCAUCAUAUGGGCGAUUGGAUUUCUAUUUGACUUGCCAGAAUUCGUUGAAUUACAUGUGGUGAAGAAGCAACUUCGUUUUGACAUAGAACUUUUUGCUCAAUGUGUCACUUCAUGGAACGCUGAGGAGGAAAAGAGAUUCACAAUUAUAAAAGUCAUCUUUUUAUUUACACUUCCUCUUUUUCUUAUGACAAUCGCUUAUUGUCAGAUUGUAAGGGUUUUAUGGAGAUCGGAUACUAUACCAGGACAUAAUCAUUUGAAAACUCAGAAGGUUGCGUCUUAUCGAAGUAAAGGAAAAAACUCAACGGGACAAGGAGAGUCGAAUUCAACAACUUUAAAUCAAUUAAGAGCUCGUCGAAAGGCUUCAAAAAUGCUUGUUGCAGUAGUCAUAAUGUUUGCAGCCUGCUAUUUUCCUGUACAUGCUCUCAAUGUUAUACGUUAUACAUAUACUGAUCUCAAUCAAAGUGAAAUCGUGUCUGUUCUCUCAUUAUUAUCACACUGGCUGUGUUAUGCGAAUUCUGCUAUCAAUCCUCUUAUAUAUAAUUUUAUGAGUGGAAAAUUUCGGCGGGAAUUUAGAAACGUCUUAGAACGUGGACACUGUUUGACACUCAAACAUAAUCAAAGACACAAUCAAUGGCAAUCACAAUAUCGAUCAAGAUAUGCAAAUGACGACCAUGAGCAGUCAUUCAUUCAUUCAACGACACAUAUGAUACAUGUAACGCCGAGCUUAAAGAGAAAUUAUGGUUGUACUCAAACAUGUCAAACGUCAUUUUCGAAUAAUGGCACAACACCCGCAGGACGAGAUGUUCGAAAUACUUUCCGAGAUAGCCUCAAGACUAUUCCAUCUGUAGAUGCAAAAAUAAAUUAAUGUUUUAUGUCAAAUUAAGAUAACAAAAGAAAAAGAAAUAUUUAUACGUCUUUGUUUAUGUUGUGUACGUGAAGAGAAAAAAUUAAAUGAAAAGAAAAAAUAAUAAAGUAUUUUUUUCCUGUUGAACCUAA